UUAAAAAAAUAUUAUGAUGUCCAUCUAAUCAUGAUUUCAGGAAAAAUUCCCAUUCAGGGUUUAGAAAUGGCCACAUGGGGAACUUCCAGUGAUUUGCUGCCUUCAUAAAGAAGGAUGUGAAAUGUAUUCUGAAUUUAAAUUUGGCUAAUGAUACCUUCCAACUGCUUUGUCUGGUUGCUUGAAGAUCCCUGUGGCACUGAAUUUCUGUUCCCAUGCAGGUUCUUGCUGACUACAAUGUAACUGGCAUUGAACUUCCUCUUUCCCCAAGUCUCUCACUCCAGAGUGUAUUUUCCAAUCCCUUAGUCACAUUUUAUGGCCUUUCCCUGGGCUUUCUCAGAUUUAUCAACACUCCUUCUGAACUAUGGGUAGGAAGACUGCCGCGUUCCUAUAGCUGCUGCCAUAGGGAAUUAUGUCCCAUGGGAUAAGAUGAACUGACUACACCACUACACUUCCCUGGAUUGCACACGAAUCCACACUGAGUAUCUGAGAAUCCCUCUGUAGGGAAGGUUCAGGCAAAAAGUAACCUGACAAAGUCAUGAGAGUGGUAAAACAGUGAAAGACAUUGCCCAGGGAAGCUGUGGAUGCCUCAUCCCUGGAAGUGUUCAAGGCCAGUUUGGUUGGGGCAUUAGGCAACCAGUUGUAGUGGAAGGAGUCCUUGCCCAUGGAAACAGGCAGGGAUUAGACGACCUUUAAAAAAGGCCACUUUCCAUCCAAACCAUUUUAUGAUUCUAUGUCAGUCCUACAUCACAGCUGUGUGAGUAGUUACGUGCAGCAGCUACAACACCAUGUGCAUGAUCUACAUUUAGAAAGAGAAGGCCAGUGACAACCAAUUCCACCCUAGAACAUCGUCAGGACAACUGAGCCAGGAUUGGCUGAACCCUCUCUGAGGUCACAAUCUCAUGGUUUGUGAGCAGCAGGCUUGAAAAGAAUGUGUAUGGUCAAGAAGCUCUUAGUGGCCUUGCACUGCAGCAGGACAGAGCAGCUCAUGGGGCGGACUGAACAUCUCCCCAUCCCUGAGGACAGCUGUGUCACUGGGUGUCCAAGAGUCUCUGCAUGCUGAUCAGCCUUGGUGCGAGAGACAAAACCAGACAUCUUCUAAACAACUUCAGCUUUCCUCUGAGAUGGUAGAUUACUACAAGGUCCUUGAACUGCAAAAAGAUGCCUCACAGGACGUUAUUAAGAAAUCCUACCACAAACUGGCACUAAAAUGGCAUCCUGACAAGAAUCCCAAAAACAAAGAGGAAGCUGAGAAGAAAUUCAAAGAAAUUGUUGAAGCAUACGAGAUUUUGUCCGACCCUCAGAAGAGAUCACUCUAUGACAAGUCUGUUGAGGAGAGCAGAGCCCGCAGAGAAAGAGCUGCAGCGGGUUUUAACAGCUACUUUGGUUACCAGCAUGGAUUUCCCCAUCAAGAAGAGGCCUUUGGAGGGAUGUAUCCAUUUACGUGUAUUUUCUUGAGCCCUUUUGACAUUAGAAUCAGUGGUGAAACCUGGCAGAGCGCAAUUGGGAGAGGAGGAAGGUCCAGGGAGCCGUUUAUGCAAUGGAGUUCAUUCUGUCCCAGCGGGCACCCCACCUCCGUCUUUGCUGAAAACACAGCUGGGCCAUAUGGUGUCAGAACAGUGAUAACCACAACUGAAGUGAUCAAUGGCAAGACCAUCACCACCCGGAAAAUCAUUGAGGAUGGGCAGGAGACAAAAGAAGUGGAAGAAGAUGGCCAGCUGAAGUCUGUAACAAUCAAUGGGAGAGACUACCUGCAUUCAAUGCCUGAAUUUCAUCAAUGAAUUAUCACCAGCACAAGCAUUAACUGAAAGUUGUGGGAUGUGCUCUCAAAGCUCAACUGAUGAGGUCUAUUACAAGCAGUAUCAAUAAAUGCUGAGUUCAUGACACAACCA